AUGUAUUUUGCGCACUUUGUGAUGAUGCUGGUGCUCUUUGGUUGUUCUCUGGGAAAGUCGUUUGUCCUCCAGCCCUCGGAGAAGGAACCUGCUGCUGCUACUGGCUCUGCCGUCCUCCACCCUGACAGGGGCCGUGGAGAGUUGUUGAAUGACAUCAGAAAGACCCUUGUUAGAGCCCUCAACCUGCAGCAGGAACCCCAGGUGGCGGCGGACAGACUGACUGCCAUCAGAGAGCAAUGGAAGACAGCAUUCUCUGCCAUCUCUCACAAGACCCAGGACAAAGCAGUGGCUGUACCCCAGGCUGAGGGUCCUGCAGCAGACAACCGUAGUGGUCUGAAAUGCUGUCCGCUGACCUCACAGAUCUUCCUGAAAGAUCUUGGCUGGGAGAACUGGGUUAUCUACCCUGAGAGUUUCACCUAUGUCCAGUGCUCACCCUGCAACUCCCAACUGGACCUGAGCCCCUCGCGCUGCCCAUCACACACUCCUCCCGCAAAGGACGCCCCCUCACAGAUGCCGUGCUGCCAGACCACUUCUACAGAGCAUGUGCCCUUCCUCUACAUGGAUGAGUUCAGCACCCUCACCAUCUCCUCUGUGCAGCUCACCCGUGCCUGCGGCCCAGGCAACCCCCAGCCGCCGGCUGAGGACUGA